GAAGGAAGCGGGAAGCGGCGCUGGCAUUUUUUAUUUGUAACUCUUGCUGUGAUGCCUCUGUCGACUCAUUCUCAGACUGAUGAUGAGCAGUACAUUUUUGUGUCCAGUUUGGAUAAUGCUCGCAACCUCUCUAACAUGCUGAAAGCAAUCGCCUUCAAAGACCAUGCCAUCUUCAUGGCCACUCCCAAUGGGCUGAAGGUUACUGUGGAAGACUCCAAAUGUCUACAAGCCAAUGCCUUCAUCCAGGCUGACAUCUUUGAGGAAUUCACGAUUAAAGACGAUCUGGUGGGUUUUCAGGUUAAUCUUACUGUUCUGUUGGAUUGCCUGACUAUUUUCGGAGGAAGCACAGCACCAGGAGUGUCAACAGCCUUGCGGAUGUGCUACAAAGGCUAUGGUUACCCUCUGAUUCUGUUCCUGGAGGAAGGUGGAGUCGUGACUGUGUGCAAGAUCAACACACAAGAACCAGAAGAGCCAAUCGACUUUGACUUUAGCAGCAGCAACGUUACAAACAAGGUGAUCCUGCUGUCAGAGAGUCUGAAAGAAGCCUUCUCUGAACUUGAUAUGACCAGCGAGGUGCUGCAGAUCACAAUGUCCCCCAGCCAGCCAUACUUUAGAUUGUCCACUUUUGGAAACUCUGGAAAUGCACAUUAUGAUUAUCCUAAAGAUUCAGACAUGAUGGAACUAUUCCAGUGCACAAAAACACAGACCAACAGGUAUAAGAUGUCUUUGCUGAAGCCAUCUACCAAGGCUCUGGCUUUGUCCUGUAAAGUGUCUGUGAGAACAGACAGCAGGGGCUUCCUCUCCCUACAGUAUCUGGUCAGGAAUGAUGACGGACAGAUCUGUUUUGUAGAAUAUUAUUGUUGCCCUGAUGAGGAGGUGGAAGAGGACUGACAAGUCCACCUGCCACCA